AUGACCGACGCCGCGCGCUGGAAGUCAACCGUCCAUGUUGGCGGUCUGGCCGCCAUGGUCACCGCCGCCAACAUUCAGGAUGCGUUCAUCCCCUUUGGCGAAAUCGCAGACGUCUCACUGCCGAAGAAUGACAAGCCCAACUCAACAGAGUCUCACCGCGGUUUCGCAUACGUCGAGUACGAAGACGUUGAUGACGCAAAGGAAGCUAUCGACAACAUGGAUCAGUCUGAGUUUUUUGGUCGCAUCAUCAGCGUCUCUGCAGCUAAGGUUCCUAAGAGCGCUGAGGAGGGGUUGGGCAGUAAGAAGGCCGUUUGGGAACAGGAAGGGUGGCUCGCUGAAAAUGCAGUCGGAGAGGAGGACAGAAUGGCAUCGGAACAGGUCACGAUACAGUCGGAAGCACGAGGACCAGACCCCAUGCAGGGACUCGAAGGUCUCGAUGUGGCGGGACCGAGGCCCGAGUAG